AUGCGGCCUGAGAUGAACCAACUCUCGGUGUCCCUGGCAGUCUUGCUAGCAGCAUCUCCGCUAGCUCGAGCAGCUCCUGGCCGUGGUUGUAGCGCAAAGUGCAAUGCAGCAGACAGCCUCGUUCGUCUGCUCCGCGCGCCGUCCAACUUGCCGGAAGCGCUGCCAUUCUGCAGCAGCUAUCUUCAUUUACCAGCUUCUACUGUCACAGUCACGACGGUAACGCCAACGACUACCGCAUACUCUACAAUCCUCAGUGAUGUUUCUCCCACUGUCACCAUCUACACAGAAGAUGUCGACACGGUGAUUCCCACGCGGACCGUCACGGUCACAAACGUACACACCGAAACGAACGUUGUAACUGAUACAUCACUCACGACGGAGUUUGUCACUGUGACUGCCGCGCCAGUGCAGCGACGUAUUGUCUCAACGCCUCUCUCGCAACAGAUUGCUCAGUCAUUUAGCCCGAGCAGAAUAUCUAGCGGCUGUGGUUGCCUGACAAUCCCCCUCUCAACGACUUCUGUGACGGCGACAGCACCAACCGUCACAGUUACCGAAACACGCGAUUUAACAACCACGGAGCCUGAGGCUACGCAAAUUCUUACUUCGUAUCGAACAACCACACUUGCCGAGGCUGUGGAGACUACGACGAUUGACAGCACGACUGUUGUUCCAACGACUACUACUCAAGUAUCAGUGGUAACGUCUACAGUCACAGCCACCGCUGCUGCCACUCCAACCGGAUUCUUUUACAUACGGAACGUCCGCCCGGCAGCCGACGGCUUCUUCUCGGGCAAUUUUCUCGUGAACCGUGAUUUUAGCACAACCAACAAGGUCCAGGCUGCCACAAUUUCAGGGUCCAACAGCACAGCUCCUCGUAUGGGUCUCACUCCCGAGGGUUACCUGACCAUCAUGCAAUCCCGAGCAGCCUCGUCGUCCGCCACUGGAACAGAAGACCAGACUUGGGUCGCCUUUGUUCAGAACGGUGUGAACAACGGGCCCCUCUCAUUCGACAAACUGGCCAACGUCCAGGCAUGCUCAACCUGCCGACCACUGAAGUUCGUAAUCAGCCCUGAGUCUGACGGGACGUACAUCAACUUCGCCGCCGACGAGGGAGCAAGAGCCAUGUACAUUUGCGGUUCUAUGCCGAGCGCUGGUGCCAACUUUUAUGCGUUCUGGACUAGUAUCACAGGAGCUCCGAGUUCAAGUUGUUUCUUGCAGCGGAUAUACGAGUCGAAAGAGGGAGUCGCUGGGCCAACGUUUGGCACGCCGACUCACGGAUAA